AUGAAGCCGAAGAUUCUUUCUUGGAACGUAAGGGGGCUGAAUAAUAGGCGUAAACGCUUAAGGAUUUGCAAUUUGCUCAGAGAUUGGAAGGUGGAUCUUAUUUGCCUCCAAGAAACAAAAGUUAAGGAUCCUUCUAGGAAAUUUGUGCGUAGUCUUUGGGGGUGUAAUUAUGUGGAUUGGUGUUGUUUGGAUGCUUGUGGGGCCUCAGGGGGUAUCCUUAUAUUGUGGGAUAAGAGGGUGGUGGAAAAGGUAGAUGUGUGCGUGGGGAGUUUCACACUUGCAGUUUCUUUCAGGAAUGUUGAUGAUCACGUUGAGUGGGGUUUUGUGGGCGUGUAUGGUCUGAAUUGCAGGGUUGAUCGGAGGGGUCUUUGGGAUGAGCUGGCUGGGAUUAUGAGUUGGUGGAGUUUGCCUUGGUGUAUAGGGGGAGAUUUCAAUAUUACUAGGUUCCCUAGCGAAAGAUCUGGAGAUGGUAGUGUGUCCGCAAUGAGGGACUUUUGUGAUUUUAUCUCUGACCAGGGUCUUAUGGAUUUUCCACUCGUUGGAGGUUCCUAUACGUGGUCGAUCUCCUGUGAUCCUCCUGUUUGGUCCAGAAUUGAUCGUUUUCUUGUCUCUCCUGAUUGGGAAGAAAGGUUUCAUGAGGCGUCUCAGAAGAGGCUUCCCCGCCUUUUCUCUGACCACUUUCCUAUUCUCCUCGAUUGUGCUCACUCUUCUGCAAGAAGUAGGCCGUUCAAGUUUGAGAAUAUGUGGCUCAAGGUGGAUGGUUUUGUGGGGUUGGUGAAACAUUGGUGGGACUCAUUCUCUUUUCAUGGCUCUCCUAGCUUUGUGCUUGCAUGUAAACUAAAGGCCCUCAAAUCUAAUUUGAAGACAUGGAAUGUAGAGGCCUUUGGUAAUGUGGAGAGGAACAAGAGAAAGCUUCUUGAGGAGCUUCAGGCGAUUGAUACAGUGGAAGGCAGUAGGGCUUUGGUUGAGGGGGAAAUUCAAAAGAAGCUGGAGGUUGUCACCAAUUCAAACAGAAGGUAUAACUCUAUUGAUUCCUUAUUGAUCGGAGAUUCCAUUUCUUCUAAUCCGGCAGAGAUAGGGGAGCAUGUGGUUUAG